AUGGCCCUCCUGGCUCUCACCCUGGCUCUGCUGGCAAUGACCGUGACCACCACGGCCGAUAAGGUGAGACCCCUGGACAUGGCCUCGGACUCCUUCGAUGACCAGUACCAGGGCUGUGGCCCUGCCAUGGAGGCGGAGCUACCAGCCCUGAACCACUCUGAGUUCCAGGACAAUCCUCUGUUUGCUGGGAUCUGGCCAGGGGCUGUGGAGAUGUGGCAGAGUCGGGGGUCCCCUGUGUCCCCUCUGUUGUCCCCAGCCCAGGCCAUCGCCAUCAUGGCCGGCAUCAAUAGGGAUCUGUACGAGUAUUUCAAUGAGGAAGUGAGAGUGGCUGGGCGCUCCCCCCAGGAAUACCGGGAUAAUUUCCACUUCAAAACUCUGCAUUUCCUGCUGACCGACGCUCUGGCCACGCUGAGGGCUGCUCAGGGGCAGCAAUGUCACUUGGUGUUCGGGGCAAUGGACCACAUACGCUACAAGGCAAAGCCUGCCGACAUCGUCCGGUUCGGUCACUUUGUGUCAUUGUCGUUUCUCAAAAUUGGCCCCGAAACUUCCGGGAACAGCACGAUGUUCCAGGUGAAGACGUGCCAUGGCGCGGACAUCGAUGCAUUCACCGGAUUGUCCAUUCAUGAUGAUGUGCUGAUCCCACCCUAUGAGAAGUUCAAGGUCACCAAAUUCAUUGAGAAAGGGAAGGACGUGGAGAUCCAUCUUGUCUCCGUCGGGACCUACAGCAAAUACAACUGCGAGUGGCUGAGAGGUGGGAGCAUCCCCAUGGUCCCCUGCCACCUCGGAGGACUCCUCCUGGCCACCACAGCCCUGGCACUGGCAACCGGCAUCCUCUGA